AUGACUACUGUGCUUCGUCAGGAAACAUCUGUGGCGGAAGCCGAUGGUGACUUGACUCUUGGAACACCAGAAGACAACGUCGAACAAAAUGAAACAAGGUCUCUUUCAGCAAACGAAGUUCUUGAACCUGCCUUUCGUCAGAAUCCACUUGUCGAUAACGGUUACAUCUUUGGCCAAGCCUUUGGACGAUAUUGGUACAUGGGUCCUGCAUCAUCAUGGGCAUUCUGCAGAAGGGUCCUAGCUCUAGUCGGAAAACAUCUCCCAGAAGCAAACAACGAACCUCCACCAUGGCAUCUCGACGGGGUAGCAUUCCGUCUCCAGUGGAGGCCCCUGAUGCCUGAGGAACAUCCCGAUAUCUCCAAUCUGCCCCCGUCAGAUUAUGCAUUCUUUCUAGUGCAGACUGCAAGGUUCUACCUCGGCCCUCUGGCAAGUCUCAUCGACGAAACCGAAUUCCUCCAACACUUUAAAGAGCUUUACCAGGAUGCUUCCACCAAGGCGUCGACAUGCAGGCUGUGGUAUGCACAGUAUUUGCUCAUGAUAGCGUUUGGGAAGGCGUUUUUGGGCGGAAAGAGUGCUGAUGGAAGUCCACCGGGUUAUCAGUAUGCUGCUAGAGCUAUGCCUCUCAUGCCCGAGUUAGCUGGGAUUGCUUUAGAUCCCAUUCUUUCAGCUCAGGCACUUACUCUUGCAGCGAUAUACUUUCAGUCCAUAGAUAUGAGAGUAGCAGCAUAUCAACAUAUAGGACAAGCUCUUCGUAUCUGUGUGCUAUCUGGUUUCCAUAGACACAUGCCGGAAGAGGUCGUUGGAGCACAACAUUCAAAACGAUGCCACAUAAUCUUCUGGGUAGUCUACAUGUUGGAUCAAGAGUUUGCAGCUCUCAUAGGCGCUACUAGUGCUAUAAGAGAUGAAGACAUCACAAACAAAUUGCCUUCCCAGGCUGACAACUCUUUGACAUCGCUGAGUCUGACUCUCCAUGUUCAGCUGGCGCGUCUCAUAGCACGGCUUCUAGGAACGGUUUACGGAGUUGGUAAAGACUAUGAUGGGACUCUUUUCAGCAAUACUCAGUCUAUCUUGAGGAACUUGGCUGAGCUAAAUCGUGAUCUAAUGAACAUCAUCAACAAGCAUUUUCGCGAUUCAAUUAGUAAAGCUUCGAGGAUUGCCACUAGACUAGUACUCCAAUACCAUCAUUGUGUUGUCCUCACGACGAGACCACAAAUUAUGUGUGCUCUGCACAUGCACAUCGAACAGUCCAAGACAAGAAUGACACACGGUUUAUCUCUAUCGCCUCCAGUCGCAUCACUGAUCCAAUCCUGUAUCAGUUCUGCACAAUCGAUCCUCAAGACUCUGCGUGCUCUCGCAGACGAAGAUCUCAUUGAAGCAUUCCUGCCUUUCCAAAUCGAGUAUGCCUCCUCAUCAGCAUUUCUCCUACAUCUCAUCCCUAUCGUCUGCCCUUCUCUACUCUCUGACAAUUCAUGGCGAGAUGAUGCCCGCUAUGUUUUCGAUACCCUCAUCGCCAAGGGAAGCUUGAUUGCUCCUCUGAGAAAAGUAGAGUUGGAGCAGUUGGAGCAGAAGCUUUCGGCUUUGACACCAGCCAGCAAUAUCGCCUCCCCAGAGAUCCUCACAGAGAACCAAGAGAAUGCGAACCAAGAAGAGAAUGAAGAUCAGCAUAAUGAGGAACAUCUUGCUGACGAAACUGGAUGGGAUCUCUUCGCCGCUAACGCCAUGGCUGGACUUACCCCAGGAGAGUUACUAGAUCUAGCAGAACAGUUGGAUGUGGACAACUUCUUAUAUGAACCUGAGAUGGAAUAA